AUGUUCGCUCCCCGCGUCUCAGCGACGGGCCAGUGUCAGUAAACUCCGAACCCCCUCGGCGGGCGGGCUGUGAGCCGAGCCCAUGGCCGGAUGGGGCUGUGUGUGAGGGGCUGCAGGCCGUGUGGAGGAGAACACUGCUCUCUGUGCGGUCCGCUCGCCAGGCGCCCUGAUGCUGCUGCUGCUGCUGCGAGGAGAGAAAUCGCCAUUGUCCAACAGAAAGCGCUAGCUAGCGGCUAAAUCACUGGCUUACAGGCGAGGAACAUGACUCCUACCCUGCCUCACCUCCUCCUCCCUCUCCUCCUCCUCAGCAUCCAGACUGCUGUUCCAUUCGAGGUGACAUUAAAGGAAGAUGGCUGCAUCAUGAUGACUCUCGAACCCUCAGAUCUGAGGGACAACAUCACCACGUACGCUGCCAGAAUAUCUGGAGAGCCUCGUACUCACAUCCUACCGUUCCAGAAUACCAGCAAUGGCCAACUGGCUCCUGCUGUCCUUCUUUAUAACACCACCUACCACGGGCUCUGUUACACCAUCAGCCUUCUACUAGCCAAUGGCUCCAUGUGGACCAAACCGGUCAAGACUGUGACUCUGCUCACAAAGCCUCUUCCAUUGGAGAACGUGCAGAUUUCAGACUACCAGCCAGCUCCGGAGACCGGCGUAGUAUUUGAGCUGCGUUCGCCAGAGAGAAACAGCUUCAGUCGGGUGAACAUUAGCUACUCCGAAGGCGGAGAGCAGCGCUUCAUGCUCUACAAAGAUUUUCAGAAAGGCAAAACAGUUUUUAAGCACUGGUUGCCUGGGACGUGCUACAGCAACAUCACCUUCCAGCUCAUCUCUGAAGCCAUGGUCAACAAAAGCACCCUGAUUCAAAAGAGUGAUGUGAUCCACGAGCCACAUCAUCACAGGACAGUACCCAACCCUCCUGUCAACGUGUCUCUCAAGAUCGUCCACCUCAGUGGAAGAGGCUUACCUGUGACUAACUGGCAUGAAAAGGUGUCCCAUGACACUCGUCUGCCACGAAAGGCACGCGACGUCCCCAUAACUGAGGACAAGCUAGAAACAGAGUUGCAAGACAAAGAGGAAGAUCCGACACCUGAACAAGAGUCGCAAACGGUUACCCAGGGACCUCUCGCUACCUCUGAGAGUCUAAACAGCAGCUCAACGCCAUUCGUUGAUGCCGUAAACGUGUACACACCUACUGCAGGAAGUCUCCUAACGAACACCAGCGACGUGUCCGAGAGCGAGAAUUCCACUGCUUCCUAUUGGCCAACGGGACGUCCGUCCCCCACUGAAGGGGAGUACGAGUUUGUGAAUGGAGUGGCUCCAGAGUAUGAGGACUCAAAGGAGCUUGGCUCAGCCAUGGAUCUCAAUCCAGAGCUCACUAACGGGUCCAACAAACCACCUUUGGUUCUGCUGGAGCUUCACUGGUUGCCUGCUCCACCACCCACUACAACUGACGGCUUUGUCGUCUACAUCUAUCGAGACAGUGACGCGACUGAAACAGCGACACUGGACGAGAACACUCAUGAGUUCUUUACCAAGCUAUCGGAGCCUGGGACGUACCGUGUUCUAGUCUCCACCGUCAGCUCGUCGGGAGAGUGUGAGCCCCGAGAGAGCGUCCCACAUCGAGGAUUCACAUUCUACCUCAGUCCUACAGGCGAGUGGCUGGAGCAGCCCAAGGAGCGUCCGCAGGUGGUGAGUGUGAGAAUGCUGGGGAAGCGCACAGCCUCCGUGUCCUGGGCUCCGUCCACACAGAGUCACAACGGCAGCCUCGUCUCAGUUGUAUCGCUCACGUGCCUCAAACCCAGUCUUUCCCAGCGCAUGGAGAACACCUACUGCUCUGAGGAAAACACCACCAGUGACAUCAUCACUAACCUGACUCCUGGUGCUCAGUACAGAGUGGUGGUUUAUUACACCAACGGACCCCUGAUCAGCCCCCCCUCCGAACCAGUCAUUGUUGAUAUCGAGCCAACAGGAGUGCGGGACCUGGUGGUGUACCCCCUGAGUCCCACGGCAGUCAUUCUGAGCUGGCAGAGGCCGUACAGCGUGGCCUUCCGCAAAUACGUCCUGCAGACCUUUUACUUCAACUCGGCCACGCAGACCGCCCAGUGGACCACGUACUACGAGAUUGCUGCCACCGCCUCCGUCAUCGCCUCUGUGAGAGUGACGGAUCUUUUGCCUGCGUGGUACUACAAGUUCCGAGUGACCAUGGUGACCUGGGGUGACCCUCCUCUCAGCUGCUGUGACGACUCCACCGUGAGCUUCGUUACUGCUCCUGAAGCACCCCACAUCUCCUCAGUGGAUUACUCCCACGGCAUGUUGUAUGUGCGCUGGACCUACGGAGAUCUCUUCACUGACCUGUCCCACUCCAGAAUGCUGCACUGGCAGGUGCUGGCUGAAGGAAAGAAAGGCUCCAGGAGACGAUUCUCUACAGAUGUGACACGCAACAUAAUGAAGGCUGCGCUUGCACUCCCUCCUGGUGACAUCUACAACCUGACGGUCACGGCUUGUACAGAGCGCAGCCGCAACACCUCCAUACCCCACAUCCUGAAACUGGAUCCAGCACCUCCCAAGUCCCUGUACGCGGUCAACGCUACACACUCUGCCGUCACUUUGCUGUGGACCGAGGAGGGAGUCGUGGACUUCUACCAGGUCAGCUGCAGGCAGCUCGGUCCCAUCACACACCUCAAGGCUGCUGAGCCCCAGACUGCACACUCCCACGUCUUAACGGUGAACAACCUGCAGGCCUCCAGCUCGUACAACUGCAGUGUGAUCAGUUACAGCUACAGCACUCCCAGCGAACCUGCCUACAUCACCAUCAGCACUCUGGCUCAGGAGAUGAACCCCAGCAUAGCUGCUAUCUCAGCACUGGCUGUGCUCAGUGUGCUGCUCAUCAGCCUGCUGGUGCUCUUUCUACUGGUGUUGCGCAAAAAACACAUGCAGAUGACCAGGGAGUGUGGGGCAGAAACCUUCGUCAACUUCGCCUCUUUUGAGCGUGAUGGGAAACUUCCUUACAACUGGCGAAGGAGCCUCUUUGCCUUCCUUACUCUUCUGCCAUCCUGCCUUUGGACUGACUAUCUUUUGGCUUUUUAUAUUAAUCCAUGGAGCAAGACUGCUCUAAAGAAAAGGAAGCUAACAAGCCCAGUGCAGCUGGAUGACUUCGAGGCCUACAUCAAAGACAUGAGCAAAGACUCCGCGUACAAGUUCUCCCUGCAGUUUGAAGAGCUGAAGAGUGUUGGCCUGGACCUUUCCCAUGAUGCAGCGGAUCUACCAGUAAACAGACCUAAGAACCGCUACACCAACAUCUUACCCUACGACUUCAGCCGCGUAAAGCUCAUCUGUAUGCACAAUGACGAAGGCUCCGACUACAUCAAUGCUAACUACAUUCCGGGCUACAAGUCACCUCGCGAGUACAUCGCCACACAGGGGCCACUCCCGGAGACGCGCAACGAUUUCUGGAAGAUGGUGAUGCAGCAGAACUCGCAUGUCAUCGUCAUGCUGACUCAGUGCAACGAGCGGCGAAGGGUGAAAUGUGAUCAUUACUGGCCGUUUACGGACGAGCCCGUUUCCUACGGAGAGAUCACGGUAGAGAUGCUGUCUGAAAGCGAGUCUCCUGAAUGGACCAUCAGGAAUUUCCGCCUCAGCUAUGCAGACGAGGUGCAGGAUGUUCUGCACUUUAACUACACGUCCUGGCCUGAUCACGGUGUGCCCACGGUGAACGCCAUUGAAAGCAUUCUGCAGUUUGUGCAGUUAGUGCGCCAGCAGGUGAACAGGACCAAAGGACCAGUUACGGUCCACUGCAGUGCUGGCGUGGGUCGUACAGGCACAUUUAUUGCCCUGGACCGGCUGAUGCAGCACAUCCGGGAGCACGAGUACGCUGAUAUAUUGGGCAUGGUGUCAGAGAUGCGCUCACAUCGACUCUCUAUGGUGCAAACAGAGGAGCAGUACGUCUUCAUUCAUCAGUGCGUCCUGCUCAUGUGGAAGAAGAAAAAGCAGCAGAGUCUCACCAGCGAUGUCAUCUACGAAAACGUCACCAAGUCUUAAUGGCGGCCAGGACACGUGGAUGCAAAGCUCUAAUGACGCCCUGCGCUCUCCUUUGCUUCAGGCAUUUAUUCUCUGCAGAAAGGCCGAGUACACAAACACCGAAAUAAAUAAAGACUGCAGCAGAGGAGUUGCAGAAACCACCCGAGCUAUUCUACAUUCUAUUGUCCCAAACAGCGAAGGAACAAUAGGACAAAAAAAAAAAAGAGCAAAAAAAAAAAAAAAAAUUUAAAAUAUUAAAAAAAAAAAAAAAAAAACAUGCCUUAAGGAGUCCACGACGACAACACCGUCCAGGCUGCUUUCUUUCACUGCAGCGGUUCCAGUGUGUUUGUGGCGAGAACGGGACAAACAACAGAAAAAGAACUUUUAGCAUUUAGUUUUAUUCUCAGGAUUGUCUGGAAGCACCAACUGUAUCUGCUGUUGCCGCCACGCCCAGCGACGGCGUGCGGAGGUCCACGUGCUCGUCUUGGACGUCUCUGAGGGCGCCAUAAUUUGUGAAACUAUUUCAUGUACAUCCAAACUCAUCAUAGUAUUAGUAUUCAUUGCAUUGGUCCCUGAAGCUGCAUCAGACUCUUUAACUGUCACACUGCCACUCCCUGGAAGGGACAUUCAUUCAGUACGAGUGUGUGUGUGUGUGUGUGUGUAUUCUCUACUGCUGUACUACUCUCCUCUCAAUAAGCUACUCUUUGGUACGACUCCUAGAACCCGGUUGGAUUAUUCCUGCAUUUGCGAAACAUGGACCUUCUGAGGCGACGACACGCACCUGUCUGCGUGGUUCUGUACGAUUUGCACUAAUUAUCCGAGAGUGUAAGCGUACGCUGCGCUAAAUAGCGAAAACACGCAAGUUACGUCACUGUAUUCCGUCAGCACGUCUCCCGCCAGCCGAACGAUCUCGUCGGCUCUACAGUAGAGUAGAAGAACCAUAUCGAAGCUGAGGAGAGUGUGGUGGUGUGGAAAACACCAUGUCGGAGCUCUCGUAUCUCUGGCGUGGAACUGCACAGCUUCAUCUUUGAAACUGCAGCUGGAAUGUACACAUCAUCCUUUCGUGUCUAAGGAAACCUGGCUGAUGCCAAGACUUUAAACGUUCACAAAAAAAAAAAAAAGUCAAAAGAUUUGUUUCGGGUGCAGCUCACUUGGGUCCAACUAAACCGGGGUGUGAAACAUAUCCUGUCAUGUAGAGAUCUGUAGGCUGUAAUGUUUAUUUUUUAACGUUUUAUUUUUACAGCGAAGCUGGCCGAGUUCGUCUGUACCGGCCCGUGUUAAUGCUUACGUGUGGAAAAGCAGUAUUAGCGUGUGUGUGUGUUAGGUAUUCGUUUCAUAUCGCGUCACAUCGUUUCAGCACCUGUAUUGCACAUGACCACGUAUGGAAGUGUUGGCGAAUGUCUGAUCGAGUGGUCCUGCUGGUGCACGCAAACGAGGGGUAAAAACAAUGAGAUAAGAAACACCUUCCGUAAGGUCAUAAAGCUUGACAUAAAUAUUUGGCUUAAUUUUAUGUACAAAGCCUUAAAGAUGUCUUUUACUUCAUAUGAAAGAUGGUUAAGGUUUCCAUAUUUGAGUAUUUCUAUUCCUAAAAACGUACAAAAUAUUGUACUAUCUUCUCAUAAUGGUAUCUGCUGAGAAUCACCGAUCCUGUGUGCACUAGAAAACCACUGUACACGCAGAGAUACAUGAAGAAGACCUUCGAAUACAAGGGCCAGCGUUUGCCCUUCAAUUUUCACGCCUUUUUUAAAAAUACUUUUCUUUCAUGUAGCGUACUGUGUCUGAUUUGUCUUUGGUGCCAUUUGUGUGUGUGCAAUGCAUCACUUGAAGCCUGCGCUGAGAUCACUUGUCAUCCUCUCAGUUUUAAUGUGUGUGGUUAAUGGAAACAAAACAAUAAAGCAAACCGUUGUCUGGAAGAAUUUAA